CGCGGAUGGCGGCGCUGGCGGCGCUGGCCAAGAAGGUGUGGAGCGCGCGGCGCCUGCUGGUGCUGCUGCUGGUGCCGCUGGCCCUGCUGCCCCUGCUCUUCGCCCUGCCGCCCAAGGAAGGCCGCUGCCUGUAUGUCAUCCUGCUCAUGGCCGUGUACUGGUGCACAGAGGCCCUGCCCCUGUCCGUGACAGCUCUUCUACCCAUCAUCCUCUUCCCCUUCAUGGGCAUUCUACCUUCCAGCAAAGUCUGCCCCCAGUACUUCCUCGACACCAACUUCCUCUUCCUCAGCGGCCUGAUCAUGGCCAGUGCCAUCGAGGAAUGGAACUUGCACCGGAGAAUCGCCCUCAAGGUCCUCAUGCUGGUUGGGGUCCAGCCUGCCAGGCUCAUCCUGGGGAUGAUGGUGACCACUUCCUUCCUGUCUAUGUGGCUGAGCAACACGGCCUCCACCGCCAUGAUGCUGCCCAUCGCCAACGCCAUCCUCAAAAGCCUCUUUGGCCACCGGGAAGCUCAGAAGGACCUUCAUCGGGAAGGCGACGAGAGCGCAGCUACUGUGCGGGGAAAUGGACUUCGAACAGUGCCCACGGAGAUGCAGUUUCUCGCCAGCUCAGAAGGAGGCCACCCUGAGGAGGCAGAGGCUCCACUGGAGCUGCCCGUUGACUCCAAAGAGGAAGAAUACCGCAAAAACAUCUGGAAGGGCUUCCUCAUCUCCAUCCCCUACUCGGCCAGUAUCGGGGGCACUGCCACCCUCACAGGCACAGCCCCCAACCUCAUCCUGCUUGGCCAGCUCAAGAGUUUCUUUCCACAGUGCGAUGUGGUGAAUUUCGGCUCCUGGUUCAUCUUCGCCUUCCCUCUCAUGCUGCUGUUCCUACUGGCCGGCUGGCUCUGGAUCUCCUUCCUCUAUGGCGGCAUAAGCUGGAGGGGCUGGAGGAAGAAGAAGUCUGAGAUAAGAGCCGAUGCGGAGGACAACGCUCGAGCUGUGAUUCGAGAAGAGUUCCAGAACCUGGGGCCCAUCAAGUUUGCCGAGCAGGCUGUCUUCGUCUUGUUCUGCACAUUUGCCGUUCUUCUCUUCUCCCGGGACCCGAAGUUCAUCCCUGGCUGGGCCAGCCUCUUCGCCCCCGGGUUUGUCUCGGAUGCGGUCACGGGUGUGGCUAUCGUCAUCGUCCUGUUCUUCUUCCCGUCCCAGAAGCCCUCCCUCAGGUGGUGGUUUGACUUCAAAGCUCCCAACUCAGAGACUGAGCCCCUGCUGAGCUGGAAGAAAGCCCAGGAGACAGUGCCCUGGAACAUCAUCCUUCUCCUGGGAGGCGGCUUCGCCAUGGCCAAAGGCUGUGAGGAGUCGGGGCUGUCCGCGUGGAUCGGCGGGCAGCUGCACCCCCUGGAACACGUGCCCCCGGUGCUGGCCGUUCUGCUCAUCACUGUGGUCAUCGCCUUCUUCACCGAGUUCGCCAGCAACACGGCCACCAUUAUCAUCUUCCUGCCUGUCCUGGCCGAGCUGGCUAUCCGGCUGCACGUGCACCCCUUGUACCUGAUGAUCCCUGGCACCGUCGGCUGCUCCUACGCCUUCAUGCUGCCGGUCUCCACACCCCCCAACUCCAUUGCCUUCGCCAGUGGACACUUGCUGGUCAAAGACAUGGUGCGGACCGGCCUCCUGAUGAACCUGAUGGGCGUCCUGCUGCUCAGCCUGGCCAUGAACACCUGGGCACAGAGCAUCUUCCAGCUGGGCACCUUCCCAGACUGGGCCAACACCCACUCUGCCAACGUCACUGCCCUGCCACCCACCUCGACCAACAGCACGGUUCAAAUCCUCUGAGUCCUGCUGGGGACUUCCCUUUGGGCUGGGCCUUCCCCACGGGCUGUUGCUGUCACUUGCUGCGAGGACCCUACAAGCUGAUCGAGCGAUUCUUUUCUGCAAUCUGAUAGGAGGCAGCAAGCAAGGGUGGCCUCCAGGGGUCCCCUUGGGCCUCCAGCUCACUGUCUGCAGCGCCUUUUCUUCCUUUCUCAUGCAUUUCAAAGCCUGUCUCCUGGAUCUGCUGCCUGAGGAACAGGCUGUUCUCACUGAGCUGGUCUGUGGUCAGGGUGCAGGGAAGUCCACUGGAGCCCCAAGGGACAAACCUGAAGUGGCAUUGCUCUUGCACACCUGGGGUUGGGAGCUAUCCAUGCUUACGGCUGCCACUGGCUUUAGGUCUCUGAAGACAGCACCACUCUGCUGGGGGCGGCAUUGUGGCUGCAAAGCUCCAGGCCAGAUGUUACAGCUGUUCACUGCAGGCUGGAUUCUGCUCAUUUCUGUUUAAUCAUCUCCCCUGUAGAUGCCCAGAAGCCAGAGGUGGUCCUCCAUUCCCUGGAGGACACAGGCCUCUGGAGUCUCUUUGCUGCUUCUCCACCCCCCCCCACACACACACACCAUGGGAGUUUGAGAAACCCCAGCUCACAUGUCUACCCAAGAUGCUUAGGGCUCUCUUUUCUCAUCUGAUUCCCUUAGGCCGUAACCCCAGGUCAAGCCCUGCUGGACCCCCAUUAUCCAUCAAGGACCCCAUCUGUGGCCCUUGUAAUGGGUUCUGUGGCUGCAGACCACCAGAUGUCUCUUACCCCCCCCCGCCCCCCCCACCGCUGGGUCUGGCCUCCCCACUCCACCUCAUGUGGUCAAUAUGUCUAAAUUGCAAAGGCCACAGUCUUCAGGGGUGAGAGAAAAAUCUGGAGGUCAGUAGAGGCCUUGAAGAAAACCAUGGCAAAAAAGGAAGCAUACUGUAACAUGUUCUGCAGAUGGAGACCCCGAGCUAGCCUGCCAGCAGAGGCUAGAGCCGGGAAGCAGACAAUUGCUGUCCUUAUUCCUAGCAGAAGCUUCUGGCAUCCUGUGAAUGGAGCAGGGUGGGGAGAGCGGGCAACUUGGAACUCUGCUGACACCCAGGGGCGGAGCUCUCACUGCCUCCCCAGGGUGGACAUCCCAGAGAUGGACACUUUCUGAUAAGGCACAAGUGAGUCAGAGUGCUUUCCCAGAGCUGGGGUGUUGGGGGACCCUGAGUUGGCGGUGGCACUACAAGACUGAUCAGCUCAGCCCUCUGGGAAUGGAUGGUGGUGUCCCUCAGGGGACAGGGACAGACCACGCACUGAGAAGCCCAUGGCCUUGUGACCACAAGAUUCGUGAUUUCUGAUACUGCUGAUCAAAAAUGCGCUCAAAUAAAGAAUGUUGGUCAAUACGGGA